AUGAUCAAGAAAGCGGCUGCCGCUGUGGUCGGGGGAGCCCUGGCCGUGGGCGCCGCGGGCUUCACGGGCGCCGGCAUCGCCGCCUCCUCCCUGGCCGCCAAGAUGAUGUCGGCGGCCGCCAUCGCCCACGGGGGCGGCGUCCCCGCAGGCAGCCUGGUGGCCGUCCUGCAGUCCGCGGGGGCAGCGGGACUCUCCACCUCGUCCAACAUCCUCCUGGCCUCCGUGGGGUCCGCUCUGGGCGCCUUGCUGGGAGGCUCCAGAAAGGCGGCCCUUCCCUCUCCCCCCGCAGGGCCCGGGGCUGAAGGGGACCAGCCAGGAAAACACGCCCCCCAGGCGAACCUUCCGAAACCCCCCCUCAGCUCCGGGAAGCCUCGGAAAUAA